AGGGAUUAGCGGAAGGUCCCCGCUCUAGAGCGAUUUCCGGGGCUGGCGCGGCACGGGGCGGGGCUGAAGGAACUUGGCUUCCGGCGGCGCGAGGCACUGAGCUUGCGCCUCUCUGGCCGGAUGGCGGCUCCGGUGCUCCACACGCGGCUGCUGAGCGAUUCCGAGGCUGCGGCCUCUGCGGUGUCCACGCUGGGCUCGUCGAGGACUGGGAUUUCAGAUAUGCUUGCAUUAGAGAAUGAUUUCUUCAAUUCUCCCCCAAGAAAAACUGUUCGUUUUGGUGGAACUGUGACAGAAGUUUUGCUGAAAUACAGAAAGGGUGAAACAAAUGACUUUGAGUUGUUGAAGCACCAGUUGUCAGAUCCAGACAUAAAGGAUGACCAGAUCAUCAACUGGCUGCUGGAAUUUCGGUCUUCUAUCAUGUAUUUGACAAAAGACUUUGAACAACUUAUAAGCAUCAUACUGAAAUUGCCUUGGUUGAACAGAAGUCAGAAAGUGGUGGAAGAGUAUUUGGCUUUUCUUGGUAAUCUUGUUUCAGCACAGACUGUCUUCCUCAGACCAUGUCUUAGCAUGAUUGCUUCUCAUUUUGUACCUCCCCGAGUGAUGAUUAAGGAAGGUGACAUAGAUGUUUCAGAUUCUGAUGAUGAAGAUGACAAUCUUCCUGCAAAUUUUGACACAUGUCACAGAGCCUUGCAAAUAAUAGCAAGAUAUGUUCCAUCAACACCCUGGUUUCUUAUGCCGAUACUAGUGGAAAAGUUCCCAUUUGUGAGAAAAUCAGAGAGAACAUUGGAAUGUUAUGUUCAUAACUUACUAAGGAUAAGUGUUUAUUUUCCAACUUUGAGACAUGAAAUUCUGGAGCUUGUUAUUGAGAAGUUACUCAAGUUAGAUGUGAAUGUAUCCCGGCAGGAUAUUGAAGAUGCUGAAGAGACAGCAGCUCAAACUUGUGGGACAGAUUCUACAGAAGGAUUGUUUAAUAUGGAUGAAGAUGAGGAAACUGAACUUGAAACAAAGGCCGAUCCUGAGCAGCCUGGUCAGAUGGUUCAUCCUGUAGCUGAACGCCUGGAUAUCUUGCUGUCCUUGCUUUUGUCCUACAUCAAGGAUGUCUGCUAUGCGGAUGGUAAGAUUGAUAACAAGACAAAGGAUUUAUAUCGUGAUCUGAUAACUAUUUUUGACAAACUCCUGUUGCCCACACAUGCCUCCUGCCAUGUACAAUUUUUCAUAUUUUACCUCUGUAGCUUCAAACUGGGGUUUGCAGAAGCUUUUUUGGAACAUCUCUGGAAAAAGUUGCAGGAUCCAAAUAACCCUGCCAUCAUCAGGCAAGCUGCUGGAAAUUACAUUGGAAGUUUUUUGGCAAGGGCUAAAUUUAUUCCUCUUAUCACUGUAAAGUCAUGCCUGGAUCUUUUGGUUAACUGGCUGCAUAUGUACCUUAAUAAUCAGGAUUCGGGAGCAAAGGCUUUUUGUGAUGUUGCACUUCAUGGACCAUUUUAUUCAGCCUGCCAAGCUGUGUUCUACACUUUUGUUUUUAGACACAAGCAGCUUUUGAGUGGAAACCUGAAGGAAGGUUUGAGGUAUCUCCAAAGUCUAAAUUUUGAACGUAUAGUGAUGAGUCAGCUGAACCCUCUGAAGAUCUGUCUGCCAUCUGUGGUUAAUUUUUUUGCUGCCAUCACAAAUAAAUACCAGCUAGUGUUCUGCUACACUAUCAUUGAGAGGAACAAUCGCCAGAUGCUCCCAGUUAUUAGAAGUACAGCUGGUGGGGACACAGUGCAGACCUGCACCAACCCACUAGACACCUUCUUCCCCUUUGAUCCCUGUGUGCUUAAGAGGUCAAAGAAGUUCAUUGAUCCUAUUUAUCAGAUAUGGGAAGACAUGACUGCUGAGGAACUACAGGAAUUGAAGAAACCCAUUAAAAAGGAGGUAAUGGAAGAUGAAGAUGAUGACUUUUUGAAAGGUGAAGUGCCCCAGAACGAUUCAGUGAUUGGACUAACACCAAGUUCGUUUGACACCCACUUCCAAAGUCCUUCCAGUAGCGUGGGCUCCCCACCUGUGCUAUACAUGCCAGACCAGUCUCCCCUGAUCUCAAGGAUCUGUGAUUGAGCUGCUAGGCCCACCGCUGGAACUGGCAUUACACUAGAGUCUGUGCCUCGGACAUCCUGUUGGGGUGGGCUAGUUUCUGAAGAGACAUGGAUUUCAUUCUGUGGUUCGCUCCCCUACAGCAAAAAGACCAGGUAUCAUGUGCAAUAUUCCACAGUGGGCUUAGCAAUCAGUGUUCACACUUGAUGUGCUAGCUUAAUGUGUACGGUUUUUGUGCCUGCAGCCUUUUAAUGGAACUGUUGUUUGAGAUCUAGUAUGGGCAACAACCUCUUAGCAGGUGGCCUUUUUAAUAGGUAUUUAUUGGAACAUUCUUCAAGGGCUUUGUUGGUCUUCUUUUGGUGUAAAUCCUCCAGGAUCAGUCUUGCUUGUGAAGACUGACUAGAUUGUGUUUACAUUGCCAUGUGGUUUCCUUUCAGCUGGGCUGGAAGUGUAUCUGUGUUUUAGGGCGAGUGAACCUAGAAGGAAGUGCUGGGGCAGGGCUGGAGUCCUGAGUGUUUGGGGUGGCUUUACUGAAGGUGAGUGAGGGAUUGCAGAGACCCCAAAAAGCCAAGAGGGAAGACUUAGAGGAUUCAUGGAAACAGAAUCAGACAAAUAAGGUACUUAUAUAAUGGACUUGAAAGAAAUACAGGUUCAAGUAAAUAAUUCACUUUGACUGAAGUGGGCUUGGACGUCUAUAAAACACAGGGCUCCAGGCAUCCUGUGAGAUCUGGAACUGCUCAUGUGAGGGAGCUAACUGACUUGUGCGCUUGACCAGCACCAGGUGGUUCUCUUGAGGAUUUCUUUAUCCAAGCAGGAACGGUAUUUCUCAGGUAAUCUGAUAGGAUGGGUUAGCAGGAGCAGCCAAGACUCAGCCUGAUGAGCUCUGUAGCGGGCCUCUAUACUAACACACAACCUUGCUCUGUGACAGGUGUGUGUGUGAGCACGCUGGAAGUGUUCUGAGGCUAAAACAUGUCUGCCCUUCAGUCUUUACAUGUAAACAUGUUUGCAUCUUUGUGAAAAUGGUCAUCUUUAUUUAUUUUUCUGUAAUGUGUAUUUACUUAAAGGCAAGUAGUAAUUUCUUGAUCAUCAAUAUUUUGUAAUGAAAUUCCUCUUAGGGCUUUACAUGCUCUUGUAUAAUUACAUUGAUGGCAAAUGUAGUGUGAAUUACAGUCUGUAAAUACCUUUUUGAAAAAUAAUUUUAGUACUUUAAAAGCUUUACAUAUUGCUGAUUUUCUUUGGUGACUUGGUGGAAAGUUACUCAAAUUCUUUGUUUCCCUUUUUUAACUGCUCACUGAAAAAAAUGGAUUUUGUAUAUUGGGUAACAUGAAUAAAAGAAACUGCAUCCGAAGCUGGGCGUGGUGACGCCUGCAGAGGCAGGCAGAUCUCUGUGAGUUCGAGGCCAGCCUGGUCUACAUAGUGAGUUCCAGGACAGCUGGGGCUACAGGGAGACCCUGUCUCAGAAAGACAAAAAAUAGAAAGAAACUGCAUUCAUAGAGGUUAAUGGGAAGUGGGGGCUUGAUUGCUUGGAAAGUAGUUAUAAUGAAGGUGUGAAUGUUUACUAGUAAGCCUGUUUGAUUCUGAAGAAGUUUGAGAAAGAAAACCCAUUGUGAAAUGAAAGAAUGCCAUGGCUCAUCUGGAACGUCCAUUCUUAGGCCAAUAGAGAGGCCUUUAAUAAAGACUAACAUGAGGGUGCUCCUGUGA